GAAGCUUUAAAAAGGCAUACACAAAAUUUUCUUCUGUGAUUUCUGUUUGGAGGAAGAGAAAGAGAAAGAGAAAAUCAAUGGAAGACUUUGGUAUCAUGUCUGGGUUGGUGGCCGUGCAGUUUGUGUAUGCAGGGAACUCUGUUUUCAUGAGCUUUCUCAUGUCUUUAAGCAUUGAUCCAUUAACUCUCAUCAUCUUCACAACCUUCUUCACUUUUCUCAUUGUCUCUCCCGUUGCUGUUUAUUUCGAACGGUCGAAUUGGCCGACCAAACUUAGUCUAAAGUUGAUAACUCAGAUUCUUCUCAUAUCCUUUGGAGGGGUUACAUUGUUUCAGUCCCUUUUUCUUAAAGGAAUACAGCUAACUUCGCCUUCGGUAGCGACUGCGAUGCCGAAUCUCGCCCCGGGACUCAUUUUUGUUAUUGCUUGGAUCUUUAGAUUAGAAAAGGUUCGGCUAAGUUGUAUCUAUAGCAAGAUCAAGCUUUUAGGUACAUUUCUCUGUGUGAUAGGCGCAUUCACCAUGAGUAUAAUGCACAGCACUUUGUCGGAUGCAGCUGCAAAUGAUAAUGUCGGACGACGUCUGACGGAUCAAGCGUUUGAUGAACAAAAGAUCGUCGGUUGCGUGUAUCUUGUCUCGGCGGUAGUCGUUUUGUCUAGCGUAGUUGUUCUUCAGGCAUCGACACUAGGAGAUUUCCCGACACCGAUGUCGUUGUGUGCGAUAACGUCGCUCGUUGGAGUGCUCAUAACCGUAGUUAUACACAUAUCUCUAUAUCAGAAACUUGAAAUUGGUUGGUCAUAUCUGAGUGUUGAAAAGUUGAUAGCCUAUUGUGUUCUAAGCGGAACCGUUAGCGGGGCUUGCGUGAGCUUCAACGGGUGGGCGAUGAAGAAACGAGGGCCCGUUUUGGUGUCGAUGUUUAGUCCGAUUGGAACCGUUUGCUCACUCGUUCUCUCAGUUUUCACCUUGGGAGAACCCAUCAAGAUUGGAAGCCUUGUUGGUAUGUUCCUCAUGUUCACCGGGCUCUACUUCGUGCUAUGGGCGAAACGGAAGGAAGGUUAUGCCAACCGAAACCGCCCCGAGAGUGAGUUCGACAUCGACGAGCCUCUUUUAAGUUGAAUUUGAAUGAAAUACAUGAUAUGUUUUGUGUUAGGCAUAGAAAGAUUCACAGAUUUUUGUGUGAAAAAGCUUUAGAUUCUGAAUGAAACAAUUUCAAAAUGAAGAGUUCCAACAUUUUGAUCA